GAGCGCGGCGCACGCGCAGCCAACUUCGCUUAGAUCGCCGCGCGCGAACAACGAUAGUGUCUUGUUUAUGUGACUUGUUUCUGAUAACGCUGAUAACGAAUCAAGGGAUUGUUUCACUGGAUUCUCUUGAACCCUUUACUGGAUUGUUUUGUUGUUGUGAAGCUGUUGUCAAAAUGUAAAUGGACUCGGUGCUUGCUGUUAUUGCGAUCUCCGCUUGAAUCACUAGAAGCUGAACCAAUGGACAGAUUUGAGAAAAUACUUUCUUACAAGAAGCAAAAAUCUAGUUGGAAACAAAGAAUGACAGCCGGUUGAUAGAGCGCCGCCAUGAAGGAAGGAACUUCUCUAGUUAGUUCGGGGUUGGCUCUAGAGAUGGCGUUAAUAAUGUUAUUGCUGGGUGUAGCAGGGGCGACUAGUAGUACUGGCCGCGGCGGAGAGAUGGCGCUAGCGAACGUUACCCGAUCAAAUAAUGGGGAUCGUUUUACACUCGUUGGUUCUGACUGCGGCCCGACACGCUGCAUGGAGGUGUCCCACGGCACGGCGCUGUCAGCCCUGGGGGCCGGCGACUGCGUGUGCCAGUGUCGGAGGGAGACGCCUGCCUUCCGCGAGGACCAGAGGAUCUGCGUCAACCACAUCGAUGAAUGUGCAAUGGCUACAUUCGGCCGCGGGGCGAAGAAGCCGCAGAUACCUUUCGUCUUCUUACCGAUGAAGGGACAAAUUAUUUAUCCAGCAAAAGAAAUCAUUUUUACAGAUGUGGAGGAUUCGAUAUGCGCAGUAACGAGUGCGCAGUACCUGUCGUCGUCGGGUUGGAUGACCUUGAGAGACCUUGUGGACAAUGACGUGCCUUUCAGUUUGUAUAGAGACGAAGGCAGCACAUUUUUACAGUGGCGAGGGUCACCAGCCCUGCACACGCGGCUGGAAGGUCGACUGGUGGCCGCACAUGUUCUUUGCUCAGCACCAGCACCCACCCGCCUCGCUGCCUCCUGUGCCGCUUUCAGGAUAUCGGGAUCCUCGCAUAACGCGUUGCUUGAAAAUGUGCGUUCAAUACCCUUCCACGCUGGUGAGGUCGUGACAUCAGAACCAUCAACGCAGAGCCAGGGUUUGAGCGUCCUAGAGUCACUUGCUAUCGGUGUCUGCGUACUGAUGCUCAUCUUCGUGUAUGCUGCUGGUAUCAUCUUCUACAUACACUACAAGCAACGCCAGAGGAAGAAAGAAAAAGAUCCCGAGAUGAACGCUACUUUGUCUACUGACAACGGAUCUACUCUCGGUUCCAGAAUUGAUUUGGAUAACGUGAUGCUAAAAACAAACCCGCUACUGAAAAUGGAUAAUUUAGGCAGCCUAGGUGCAGAUUUCAUGAAUGAUGCUGGUUUGUCGGAUGUCAGUGAACGUACAGAAGACACUCUUGAUUCGUCUCCUAGUGAUUCGCAGAAGUUCCAGAAGCUAAAUUCCAAUGUGAUAUCAGCUAUGGUUCACACACGUCGCAAGAAACCAUCUCGGCCUUCGUUACGAUCAGUGUCCUCGCCGGACCGCUUGCAAGAACGUCUGCAACGGAGGUCUGCUUCUCCCGAAAUAGAAAGAGCUCCGCAUUCAGAGCUAGCCAUAGUGGAUUGCAGUAUGGAGAAUAAUAUGAUUGAACGCCAACACUCGCCGCCCUCAAUCGGAGAACCAGCCAUUAGAAGGAAGCUCUAUUUUAAUCCUGUUUUCUUUGAAACAGAACAUCUAAAGGAUCCUCCUCCAGCUGCCAUAGAGUUUCUUCUGAAAAUUAGAGAGGUGAUGUCUAUCGCAAAAGAAAAGAUGACGAAUAAGAGGUUUAUUCCAAGUCUUUCUGACAUUCCAGAAGAGGAGUCUUAUCACUCCAUAGAUCUUGGAUGGGACAUUCCUUGCGCGCGACGUGGUCGCAGAUUCAGCGCAAUAAGUUUGAAACGUGAAAAUAGUAGAAGGGCCCUACAUUGCGGUGGUUGUCCUGGUUGCGACAACCGAGAGCCUAUAAAGCCUACAUUAACUCGUUCUCUUUCAUGUAAGUCUUGUGUUAGCGAUGACUUCAAGCAGAGAAUUGUUCGUAAAUGGCUGGAUGAAGUUCCGUCUCCGGAUCCGCGGUCUACAGGGUCUAGACCUGUUAAGUCCAUUGCGAAAGUUAGUGGCACACCAAGAGUGGUUGAGCCUAAGAAACAAGAGUCCAUUGCUAGUUCUCCUGAAUUGUCUCGUGCUAAAUCUCCAUAUCAAAGUCGUGUCAACUCACCGGAGCCGAACCUCAUAAAAUCUACAGAACCCAAGAGCAUCGAGUCCCCUGUUUCAAGACGUAUUCGUUCACCUGAACCGAUACAUAAGAUUACACCUGAGUUGAAACGAACCAAAUCUCCGAUAGUACUCCAUAUUAGUUCGCCAGAAUCAACGCCUCGAAUGAAACGUGUUGCUUCCUCCGAGUCUAUGCGUGUUUGCUCUCCAGAGUUACGUAUCAGGUCACCUGAACCACCUCGAUCGAAGACACCUAUAUCAGAAGAUGAAAGUAAACUCAAACCUUUUAAGAUGUUUGAGUCUAUUAAUAAUAAAAAAGAAAGUAAAACAGAUAAUUCUAAAAUCAAAAGACCGAAAUUAUUACAUGGCCAGGAAAAACCCACAAUAAUUCACAACGUCCCAUUAGACCAGCAAAGUACGAUUGAGGGACAAACUAUCGUUAAUCCAAUUAUAGCCUUAGACAGUAAUAUUUCAGUGCAACAAAAAACAGCUGCUUUGGUUAUACCAGAAAAAAGAAGUCCUACUACGCCUGAAAAAAUAAGUCCAUCCAGCCAUGCAUCUCGACGUAUCAGGAAGAGACUACCACCUCCACCGCCACCUCCUACCGUUCCCCCCAAGCCAACUGUUAUUAAACAAGAAUUGGAACCCAAAGACGAGGACGCUUCAAUACCGCUAGAUAUUAAAGUUAAAAUGAAAGCAGUUAUACAAGAGCUUCAUAAAUGUAGAAGAGUUGAAUCUAAAGAGCUAGACGAAUUUACAACAGAAACUAUUGAACCAAUUCCUCCCAAACUAGUAAUACCUGUAGUCGCUGCUGACACACAUUACUUUAGCGAUGACAACAUGUUAUCUGAUGUGCGUAAAAAGAACUUCUUUGUGCAGCGUGAACCCUUUGUUGAGAUGGAUAGUUUAGAACGUAACAUGCUGAAGAGGCGAAGGUUUUCAUUGGCAUGUGGGCCUGAACUUGCUUAUAGAGCGGAUCAAGGAUAUAAAAACGAUUUGCAAUCGUUACGUGACACAUUGACAAGAAGCUGGCGUGACGUUAGGAAAGUGGAUAGUUACCAGAUAGAGCCACUGAAAGAUACACCGGUACCUUUAAGCAGAAGCUUCCCUGUAAGCGAGAUAUUUAUAGAUACCAGUGAGCCAUUAUACGAUAACAUUGCCAAGCCAGGACCAUUGACAAUUAAGGUAAGAGGGUCUCCUAUCGAAGCCCGUCGCACUGCUGGCGAUGAAUUUGAUCCUGAUACUUUGGAUAGAAAACCUAAGAAAGAAGUCUCAAAGAAACGUGUGGAAAAGAUCUUGUUGAAAUCGGGCGGAAGCUUUAAACACAAAGUUGUUCCACAUGAAUGUACAGGAAUUAAAAAUCAACCUGAACCAGUAUUUACAAGAAAAAUCGGAAGUUUACGGCAGAUAUAUGAAGCAAAGAAUAAGACUCAAGAAGAGAAAGUUAUAUUCCCAUAUUAUGAGAGACGUGGCAGUGUACCACACGUGAGUUCUGAGCUGUCAUCGCUUGUCAAGUCUGUUAAGACGUCAGAUUUGAUUCGCAGAAUUGAAAGUCAAAAAGAUAAUAUAAAACCUCCGAUACCUCCUAAACAGAGACGCGGUUCUGACGUAUCUUCUAAAUUCAUAGGAGAUAGUCCACCUGGUGAAAGGCGAAGGUCACCAGAAGAAAGGGAACGUUACCAACAAUAUCUAAGAGGGGAGAAUCUGAAACGUUCAGGUCGACGUUCGAAUCGCACUAGAUCACGUCGAACGGAUAUAAGAAAGUUCUAUAGAACUGAAGAUUCAGGGUACUUAAGUACCGAUUCAAAUGAAUCAAAACGCCGAGCAAAUUAUUUAAUGCAGUUGAAGCCAAAAAGCUUACCUGAGCCCUCUGCUGUGCCACCCCCUCCCACUAUUGUGAGGACGCCAAUUUUGCAGCAUAUUGAGUCUGAUACUGACGAUAUGGAAUCUAUUUGUGAUGGGCGCAGUGAGUCUGGUGGAGAGAGCAUCGAAACAGAUUCUGUUUUCUUCGGCAAUUUUGACGAAUCAAAGCAAAUGCUUGCUGAGUUGGGGAUGACGAGUUAUGAGAUCAACCGCAAGUUAAGUCACCAUGAGCAGAUUGAUUCUGGGUUCAUGGGCGAGACAAAUAUUAUAUUGAGUGGAGACAGUGACUCGGAACACAGAAGUGUGAUUUCGAUAGUUACCGGGCGCGAUGGUCGAGGGUCGGCGGCUUCCGUGACCAAGUUGACAGACGACCCGUAUAUCCAUUCUGUGGAGUGCUGAUCAUCGAAGAAUAUUGUAAAUAAUACAGUAGCCAAAUAUGUUGCAACUAACAAUAAAAUUAAGCGAUUAUUACACUAAUUGUAUGUGAAUUUGUUAACGUUAUUUAAUACACUCGAUUUAAAAGUAAAGUAAGUAAGCAUGGAUAGAUUUAGAGAGAGAUAUAGAAAUGAGUACCAGUAGGAUACAGUCGCCGAUUUUUACCUCAUAAUAAUGUAUAGGUUAUUGCAAGGGUUGAUCUGCCUGGGAAGUUAUCUGUAACCUUGACUAAAAUGAUAAAUAUUAUCGAGUAACGAAACACAUCCCACCUAUUCAAUUUCUUGGUGCCUUAUUUAGAAUUAAUAGCAAUAAGAUCACAAAAUCAAAUUAUAUACCCAGAAUAGUUUCGGUAUUUUUAAAAGAAAAUAGAUUUUAUUGUAAAUAAUAUUUAGUGUUAACAUGACAAUUUGUAAAUUUUAUGUAACCGGCCGGUUGUGCAAUUAAAAAUAAAAAUGUAUACAUAGGUAUUCAGGACAAGUAUUGAAAUUAACAUUGUGGUGUAUGGUACGUAAGAGGCUCAAUUAUUUAUUAAAAAUAUAUAUAUUUUAAAGAAAUUAUUACAAAAAUAUUAUUUUAGUCGGAUUGUUUAUGGACAUAGGU